UAUUGCAAAUUGACGAAUUGUCAUCUGUAACUUUCAAUCCACUUCAAGAAACAAUACGAGUCGACAAAUCGCCAUCUUUAACUUUCAGUUCACCUCAAGAAACGAUACAAAUUGACGAAUCAUCAUCUUUGACAACUAGUUCAUCUCAAGAUGCACAACUCGACGAAUCAUCAUGCUUAACUUUCAGUUUAUCUCAAGAAAAGUUACAAAUCAUGCCUUCUUUAACUUUCAGCUCACCUCAAGAAGCGAUACAAGUUAGUGAAUCAUCUUUAACCUCUAAUUCAUCUCAAGGAGCACAAAUCAACGAAUCGUCAUGUAUAACUUUUAGUUCACCUCAUGAAGCGAUACACGUCGGCGAAUCAUUAUUUUUAACAUCAUCAAAUUCUACAGCUAUAUAUAAUGAUGAUACAAACAAUUUUACAACGAUUCUUUAUAAUCACCAAGACUCACUCGAUAAUGAUGAUAAUACUCCAUUGACAUCGUCACAAUCACAAGCACCUCCACAAUUAUUUAUGUCAAAAUAUAAUUCACGUCUUUUUUGA